GGUUGAAAGAAACCGGUCAGCCGAGUAAGGAGGCAUUCCGUAAAGUAGCGUCAGAAAUCCACCAAGCUUUCUCACAAAUUGGCUUUGUUUACCUCAUAAACCAUGGCAUUUCAAAAGAACAAGCUUCCUCCAUUUUUCAGAAGUCCCGCGACUUCUUUCUGCUUCCUCUUGAAGUAAAAGAAAAGUACAAGAGACUUCCAAAUCAUUACGAUGGCUACCUUAGCCCGGAUAAAGAAAUUCUCCAGUCGGGCGUACAAACAGAAAUGAAAGAAAGUUAUUCAAUAGGCAACAGUGAGUCCAUCUUUCCAUCUCAAGAAGACGCUCCUGGUUUCAAACAAACUUGUCUUGACUUCCUCAGCCCAUGCGUGGCCCUGUGUCGACGCUUUUUGGUGGUCCUGGCCUUAUCUUUAGACCUCGCAGAAGACUUUUUCUUGAAGAGACACAAAGAACUCACGAAGUACAAAGAAAACCCAUCAUCAUUAAGAAUUCUUUACUACCCUCCUGUGACAAACGUGACUGACCCUACAACCGUUCGUUGCAGUGAACAUUCCGACUUUGGGACGGUGACAUUUUUAUUUCAAGACAGUGUUGGUGGUCUGGAGGUGAAAACGAAAUCAGGAGAAUGGAUACCUGCUACGCCGCUAGAGGGAGCCAUUUUGGUGAACGUCGGAGAUUUGUUGGCUAUAUGGAGUGACGGACUAUAUCCGGCCACUCCUCAUCGAAUCCUGGUGCCGAGGGAGGAAACUAAAAAGCGGUGUUCAAGAAGUUCUUUAGCCUACUUUGUUCUACCUGAUGACAUCGUAAUGGUGGAACCUCUCGAUGGAUCCAACAGAUUUCCUACAGUUAACGCAGCUGAAUAUCUUUCUAGCAAAUUGAAAACAGUGCUAACUUAUAUCUAACUGUUCAUAUUUGUAAUAUCUAGUCAGGAAAUUAGUUAAUGUCCACUAAACAAUGUGUUACGUAUCUGCUUGUUUGUUUGUUUCCGGUAGAAAUUACUUCCGAGGAUUAUCAGUGGUACAAGUCCUUUCUUGAUUAAACCAUUUUAUUCUUUCUCGAUACAAACUUGUAGUACACGGUAGUUCCAUAAUCAGUAUGUUUCUCGUCACUUUAAACUUAACAACUUUUAUAAUACAUGCUAUAAAUCACAGUGAUUCACAAUCUGGAUAACUUCGCUCUCGACGAGUGCAAAACACACACUUUACGGCUCACUAGCUCAAAACUAACAGAAUCAUAAAUUACACGGAAUUCAAGGUAAUUACUGCUCUCUCUUCAUUGAUCUAUCCACUGGCUUUCACUGUCAGGCUUAUAUACUAACGAAGAGGGCAUCUCGUACACAAUCGGACUUCCCCGAUCAUUUGAGAAACUCAUCACGCACGCGCCAGCAGCGUCACGUGACUUCCGCUGUCGUAACAAAUGCAUCAAGUUCACAGUUAUAAACUGUUACUCGAUGUACUUACUUCAAUUAAAUUACCAGUACUUACUUCAAACAAUAUCACUUUGUAUCUGUUGUCGGUUUCUUCACCAGUUUCUGCUUGGUUUACCUCCUGUCGUAGGUUAGGCCUCUGGGAUGAUAAUAUCUUCCAUUGUUAAUCCGAGACCACGAUAAUAUCAUAAAACUUUGGCCUAGAUCUAAAACUCGUACAAGCUAUUAUUAUUAUUUGACAAAAGUCUGUGUGUGUCCGUCC